GCUCAUCUGUUGUUUACCGAGAGCUGAGUGAGAGGCAGAGAGGCAGAGUAAGAGAGACAGAGAGGCAGAGUAAGAGAGAGCCAGAGAGAGAGAGAGAGAAGUCGAAUAAUUUCACUAAAUAGUCGACAAUGUAGCUUCCAGAGGCGGAACUCUACUAGAAAUGCUCACUGCAGCCUCGACCAGCGGAGCUUUCUGAUCUUUGGAGUGGUUUAUAUCCCCGCAGCAUGAAGCUAACGAGCAGCCUGCAUGAAGCUAACAGAUGACCUGGUUCCGUUACUGAUUUGGAUCCUGCAAUGUGUGGCAGCUGGUCUAGCCUGGCCUUCAGGGGCCAGCAGGAACAGAACGGGAAGAGAAGUUACCUGCAGAGAAGGCCUGGAGUACCCACACGCGGGCAUCUGCUGCCUUAACUGCCCAGCUGGUACCUACGUCAAACACUCCUGUAGCAGAGCUUCUGAGAGAGGGAUCUGUGAGACUUGUGACUUCGGGUCAUACACUGAGCAUGAAAAUGGACUGCAUAAGUGCUUACCGUGUAGCAGUUGUCGGUCAGAUCAGGACCUUGUCGGGCAAUGCACCAGCACCCAAAACACCCAGUGCCAGUGUAUGAAGGGUCUUUUCUGCCUGCCUGAACAAGCCUGUGAGGUCUGCAAGACAUGCAGCAAAUGCGCUGAAGAUGAGGAGGUGGAGAAGAGCUGCACAGCCAGCUCUAACACGGUCUGCAGGAAGAAAAAAGGCUCGGCUCGUUCAUCCAUAGCUGGACCCAUCACUGCUGUGGUGCUCUCCCUCAUGAUUUUGCUGCUCAUGGUCAUCCUGUACUGGAAGGCUCCUACAUGGAGUAAAAGAGCAGUGGACUCAUGCUGCCCAGGAGGAAUUCUGAUGAAGAAAAGCGGCAGCGACUCUGUGGAGACGAGACAGAACGGCCUCAACUCUGCACUGGAGGACAGUGUGCCGCUCCAACCCUUCAUCGUCCCUUCAUCGAGUCAGUCGGUGGGUGCCUGGACCCCUGUCUGUGUGGAUUUGGUGGAGGAAGAGGACCGGGGGCUGGGAGACAGCCUCCCCACCACCACCACCUCCUCCCAAAACAGCCUAUGUGUGUGCGUCCAGCCCAGCGAGCCCUGCCCUGCCCGCUACAGCCCAGCACUGCCCUGCCCGCCUCCCGCUCUGGAAAAUGAAAAGCUAAGAAGACUCAUUCCUUUGAAUGGGGAAGAGUCGCUGAAGAAGAGCUUCGACCUCUUCGAAGAGAUAGACGUGCACUAUCACAACCGCUUCUUCAGGCUCCUCGGCCUCAGCGACAACGCCAUCACGAGCGCGGAGUCUCUGUCGGUGGAGGAGCGGGUCUACCAGCUGCUGAGGGUCUGGAUGGAGAAAGAAGGCAUGAAGGCGGAUUUCAACACGCUUGUCGAGGUGCUGCUGAGACUCAACCAGAGACUGUCUGCAGAAAACAUCAUCACCAGAGCCAUCAGUAACGCUUAUUACGCAUAUGAAGAUGAAUGAAGACUUAUUGAGGGGGGGGGGGGGGGGGGGUUCGUUUUUUUUCUUUUUUUCUUUUCCCAAAUAAUUUACGUAUGUUUAUUUCAUCUGGUCGAGCACUGUGGCCUUGUUUGAAUAGCAAAAAUAAUUUAAGUAUUUAUUAUUUUGUACGCUGUGCUUUUCUUGAAUGUGCGUCAGCCGAUCAGAACAAAUGUUAACGUAGAUGUACUGACUGUGAAGCAGCCGACUGAAUGAUCUGCUGACCUCUUUACCAGUGACUGUUAUUAGUCAAUGAUGUGAAAAACUCACCCGAAGGUCUGACUGUGAGACAGUUUGAAUUGAUUCUGAUUAGCGUAUGGAAAAUUGCUUAUGUUUGCUGCAUAUGAGCCUUUGUUACAGUAUUAAAAUGCUUUUGUGCCUUACUGCUCAACAUGUGCGUAUGUUGGAAGCACAAAUAAAGUUAUUUUUUGAUAAGAUCAAA